GGGCGACCUGAGAUGCUGCUAUGGCUGCUGCUGUGAACUUGGAACUUGACCCCAUUUUCCUGAAAGCUCUGGGCUUCCUGCAUUCAAAGAGUAAGGAUUCUGCUGAAAAACUUAAAGCGCUGCUUGAUGAAUCUUUGGCUAGAGGGACUGAUUCAAGCUGUCGCCCAUCACUGAAGGAAGUAGAUCAGCCCAAAGUGUCCAUUACAAAGCCAGUUUCUGUUAAGCAAGAGCCAAAGGCUUCCUCAAGCCUUUCCUCAGGUAACAAUAAUGGCAAACCCGUCGCUACCGAAAAGGUGAAAAAAGAAGCAGAAAAGCGGCCUGCUGAUAAAAUAAAGCUGGAAAUCAGCGAAGGAGUUGACAUUCCGAAGAAGCCAAGGCUAGAAAAACCAGAAGCUCGUUCUUCUCCAAUCACAGUCCAGACCAGCAAGGAUUUGGCCAUGCCGGAUCUUUCUACUUUUGAAGAAACCAGCGCUGAUGAUUUUGCCAUGGAGAUGGGUUUGGCUUGCGUUGUUUGUCGGCAAAUGACGGUUACUUCUGGGAAUCAGUUAGUGGAGUGCCAGGAGUGUCACAAUCUCUACCACCAAGAUUGCCAUAAACCUCAAGUGACAGACAAGGAGGUGAAUGAUCCUCGCCUAGUAUGGUACUGCGCCCGGUGCAUCAGGCAAAUGAAAAAGAUGGCUCAGAAAACACAGAAGCCUUCCCAGAAGCCGGCCCCUGCUGUAGUUUCUGUAGCUCCAGCUGUGAAAGAUUCACUGACAAAGAAACCAGAAAUUAAGCUAAAGUUGGACACCACAACAACCUUCUUAGCGUUUAAGAGGACAGAGGUCAAGACCUCUCCUGCUGCUUCUGGGAACAACUCCAACGCCAGCGUUUCCUCUUCAACCAGUGGCCUUACAGGGUGGGCUGCCUUUGCGGCAAAAACCUCCUCCGCAGGCCCAUCGACAGCUAAGAUGGGAUCCACAGCGCAGAGCACCAGCGGCAAGCCUACCACGGCCUCAAACAACCAGAAACCCGUGGGUUUGUCAGGCCUGGCGACAGCUAAAGCAGGGCUGGGCUCAAAGAUCACAUCCCCCAACAGCAGCACCAACCCCGUUCAGCUGAAGCCCCUGCCGCCUUUGACCUUGGGGAAAACGGGCCUUUGUCGUUCCAUUAGCAGUGAUAACGUCAGCAAAGUGGGACUCCCGAGUCCCAGCAGUUCAGCUUCUGCCAGCAGCAGCAGCCAGACAGCUAGCGGGAAUGGGAGCGGUGGGGCAGCGGGCAGCGGUGGAAGUAGCGCCAGCAAAUCAAGCGCAGAAUCUGGCAAUCAGUCGCCUUCCGUGAAGGGCCCUACUUCUCAAGAAUCGCAGCUCAAUGCUAUGAAAAGGUUGCAGAUGGUCAAGAAGAAAGCUGCUCAGAAGAAAUUAAAGAAGUAAUGGAACUGUGUCUUUAAGCCCUGGUACCAACUGAGCUGAGUAAUAAAGUCAGAUAUUUA